UAUACUAAAAGGGAUAUAUGAGGAGUAGGGAGGCUGUCCACGUCACCACAAAAAAUCGACCAAUAAUAGUCAUUUGUUUUGCCACGUCAUCAGUAUUUGUCCCGAGAAGGCACUUACGGGAAGGUUUACAGACCCAGAGAGAAAACUACUGGAAAGAUCGUCGCUCUCAAGAAGACGCGUCUCCAUGAAGACGAAGAAGGCGUUCCUUCCAUCACUCUCCGCGAGAUCUCCAUCUUACGCAUGCUCGCUCGCGAUCCUCACAUCGUCAGGUUGAUGGAUGUUAAGCAAGGACUGAGCAAAGAUGGCAAAACUGUGCUCUACCUGGUGUUCGAGUACAUGGACACUGACGUCAAGAAGUACAUCAGAAGUUUCCGUCAAACCGGAGACAACAUUCCUCUCCAAAUCAUCAAGAUCUUGAUGUACCAACUCUGCAAAGGAAUCGCGUUCUGCCAUGGACACGGUGUGCUGCACAGAGAUCUUAAGCCUUACAAUCUCUUGAUGGAUCCCAAGACGAUGAGGCUCAAGAUUGCAGAUCUUGGUUUAGCCAGAGCCUUCACUCUCCCUAUGAAGAAGUAUACCCAUGAGAUAGUGACUCUAUGGUAUAGAGCUCCAGAAGUUCUUCUUGGUGCCACUCAUUACUCUACAGCUGUUGAUAUGUGGUCUGUUGGCUGCGUUUUUGCUGAGCUUGUGACCAACCAAGCGAUUCUUGCUGGGGACUCUGAGCUCCAACGUCCUCACCAUCACUCUCACUUAAACUUCUUAAUCAGACUUGAAAAAAUUCUUCGACCCAGAGAGAAAACUACUGGAAAGAUCGUCGCUCUCAAGAAGACGCGUCUCCAUGAAGACGAAGAAGGCGUUCCUUCCAUCACUCUCCGCGAGAUCUCCAUCUUACGCAUGCUCGCUCGCGAUCCUCACAUCGUCAGGUUGAUGGAUGUUAAGCAAGGACUGAGCAAAGAUGGCAAAACUGUGCUCUACCUGGUGUUCGAGUACAUGGACACUGACGUCAAGAAGUACAUCAGAAGUUUCCGUCAAACCGGAGACAACAUUCCUCUCCAAAUCAUCAAGAUCUUGAUGUACCAACUCUGCAAAGGAAUCGCGUUCUGCCAUGGACACGGUGUGCUGCACAGAGAUCUUAAGCCUUACAAUCUCUUGAUGGAUCCCAAGACGAUGAGGCUCAAGAUUGCAGAUCUUGGUUUAGCCAGAGCCUUCACUCUCCCUAUGAAGAAGUAUACCCAUGAGAUAGUGACUCUAUGGUAUAGAGCUCCAGAAGUUCUUCUUGGUGCCACUCAUUACUCUACAGCUGUUGAUAUGUGGUCUGUUGGCUGCGUUUUUGCUGAGCUUGUGACCAACCAAGCGAUUCUUGCUGGGGACUCUGAGCUCCAACGUCCUCACCAUCACUCUCACUUAAACUUCUUAAUCAGACUUGAAAAAAUUCUUCGGUAACGUCUUCUUCCGAUUUGUUGCGUAAUCAGCCUUCGACGCUCUCCGUCUGGGUAGAUCGUCGCAGUUCAUUGUUGCUUGGCUUCUCCGUUUAUGGGACUCGGAAAACAUCAAGAAGUAUGGUAAAUUCAUGGGUAUCACUCUACUUCUCCUUGAUGAGAAGGUAUUGUAUCGAAAAAAGAGAAGAUUAUGUACUUUCGUUUUUUUGGUCGCUAUAUGUUUCAGAUUGUCUCUCAUCACACUGCAAGAAACUAUAUGAAGUCAAAGAAGGCAAAUAAAAGUUUGAUUUCAAGGUGGUCACCGAGACCGUUCCAAAAUGAGCGUGAUUAUGUCCCGUUGAGCUCUAUGGCUUGGCCAAAGACGAGUCUGAUUACGGAUGAUACACAACAAGCUUCAAGAUAGAUAACAGUGACCUUCGAUAAAGGAGGCAAGCCUACUGUUAGAGUUGCUAGCCUUGGCCACGCGUUGCAUGUCUGGCUCAAUUGAGAAUACCUUGGUAAGAUGUGAGAUUGAGAAGGAUAGUGUCUUAUCUGGAGCAUAGAUUCACAUGUCACACGUAGUGUUUCCAUCUUAGGGUUGAGCUCUGGACCACUUGAUCUCACUGAGAAAAACAAAUGGGGAAACAAGGUGGGUAUUGAAAGCUAGAAGCUCUAUAUUCACACGAGAAAGGGUAGAAGAAGGUUAAGUGGCAGAAAUUCUCAGGAAAAGCAUCAGGACUUACCUGGUAUCAGGCAUACUUUGAUGCGCCAGGGGUUUAGUAAUAUUAAGUUUUCUUUUUCCAUCUGAAGAAGAUUCUUUAACGAACCAA